CAAUGCCUAUGAGAUCUUUCAGGUGCAUCGGAAAGCUACUGAAACAGUGCAGCGAGAUUUGGAUGCGGUGGUGAAAAUAAAGGAAGAGUUAGUGGCUGAAAACCCUGAAAAUGUGAUGUUGGAAAGAUUCUACGGAGACCCAUGUAUGCCUCCUACCUGGCAAGGUUUAACCUGUGAAGAGAGGAACAAUAGCUUUGUCAUCACUAAACUCGAUCUUUCGUCUAUGAAUUUGCGUGGACCAUUACCUACAGUCAUUGGUGAUCUAGCAGAGUUAAAGGAACUGGACGUGCAAAAGAAUUACUUCACAGGGUCUCUCCCAGAAUCUUUUGCCUCACUGCACCAUUUGUCAAAACUGUCUAUCGGUUGCAAUCCAAACGUCAGCAGCCGACUUCCUCCUGGUUUAUCUAAUAGGGAAAAUCUAACUGUAGAUAAUGAAAGCUGUGUUUCUAAAGCCUCUUCACUAGCACAAAACCGUGAACAAAGUACUUAUGUCCUCAGAACUGUCGCCGGAGGAUCUGUGGCAUUUACUGUCACACUUGGGAUAUUUUUCACAUGUUUCUACAGACGUGCUCGACCUAAAAAACAGUACCCAGUUAUAAAGAAUGCAGUAUUCUCGGAAUCCAGCUUCAGUGGACCUCCUAUGAGCCCAUCAGUAAAAUCCUUCUCUCUUCAAUAUGUUGAAAGAGCAACAAGAAAUUUCAGUACUCUGAUUGGUGAGGGGGGAUUUGGAGCUGUUUACCGUGGAACUUUACCACACGGAGAAGAGGUUGCUGUAAAGGUCCGGUCAGCCACAUCAACUCAAGGAACCCGUGAGUUUGAUAAUGAGGUAACACUUCUUUCAACGAUCCGGCACGAAAAUUUGGUUCCCCUUCUUGGCUACUGCUGUGAAAAUGAUCAGCAAAUUCUAGUUUAUCCUUUCAUGUCAAAUGGUUCACUACAAGAUCGUCUUUAUGGGGAAGCAUCAAAAAGAAAGGCGCUGGACUGGCCAACCCGACUCUCUGUUGCGCUCGGUGCUGCUAGAGGUUUAAUGUACCUGCACACUUUUGCUGGGAGAUGCAUCAUACACAGGGAUGUGAAGACGAGCAACAUUCUUCUAGAUGAUUCUAUGCGUGGCAAGGUGGCAGAUUUUGGUUUCUCUAAAUAUGCACCUCAAGAGGGAGAUAGUGGUGCUUCUUUGGAAGUAAGAGGAACAGCUGGGUAUUUAGACCCAGAGUACUAUUCAACCCAGCAACUAUCGACUAAAAGUGAUGUAUUUAGCUUUGGAGUGGUGCUUCUAGAAAUUGUGACUGGAAGAGAGCCGCUAAAUAUACAUAGACCACAAAAUGAAUGGAGCUUAGUAGAAUGGGCAAAGCCAUUCAUCAGAGAAUCAAGAAUUGAAGAGAUUGUAGAUCCAAGUAUAAUGACCAGUUACCACGCAGAAGCAAUGUGGAGGGUUGUAGAGGCUGCAUUAGCAUGCAUCGAGCCCUUCUCCACUUAUCGACCAAACAUGGUUGAUGUUGUUCGUGAACUAGAGGAUGCUUUGAUUAUAGAGAAUAAUGCUUCAGAGUACAUGAGGUCCAUUGAGAGCUUUGGAGGCUCAAACCGCUUCAUAUCUAUUGAACGGAAAAUGUCUGUGAAGAAAACUUCUCCACCCGACCCAUCUCCUAACUACUGCCUACUUCCUGCUCCGUUGCCGAGGUAGUUUGAGUAUGUAACAAUGACUGACAUAUGUUCUCUCUGAGAUGAGAAGCUGAUGCUUAUCAUUAAAUGUAUAAGCACGAGAACAAAAUGUAUUCACUACUCAUAUGUAUAGAUGUAGAUUUUGUCAGUAGAUAUGUGGAUUCUUUACGGAGGAGUUAUAUCUUGAUAGUUGGU